AUGUUAAUAUCUGCGUCCAAAACAAAGUGUAUGACCACAUCCAAAACUCCGUUGAGAUGUAUGCUAGUCGUAAACGACCAGAUAAUUCACCGAGUGACGAAAUUCAAAUACUUAGGAAUCGAGAUUUCAGGAUUUGGAGACGUAGAGAAUGAAGUAAGAGAGCAAACAACCAAAACCUUAAGAAUAGCAGCAUGUUUGAACGAAAACAUUUGGCGAAAUAAACAUAUCGGAAUAGAGGCCAAGUCGAGAAUAUACAAGGCCACGGUUAGACCUAUAAUGACCUACACCGUAGAGACCCGGCCAGAAACGGCAAAAACCAAAAGAAUGAUGGAAACAGCAGAGAUGAAAGUGCUACGCAGGAUAGCCGGAAAAACCCUACUCGAUAGGGACGUCAACGAAUGGGUUCUAUCAAGAAAGAAAUGGAACGAGCACAUGAGUCGUAUGGACAAUAAUAGACUGGUCAAGAUAGUGGGCGAUAAAUCCCCUUUAGGCCGAAGGAGUACCCGCCGACCCAGAAGUAUCAUCGCAGCAUACGAAUCCUGGUUAGUAUCGCACGAAUCCUGUAGAUGA